ACAGCUGUCAAAUAAUGCAAGGAGAGAGGCCAUUUUUUCUAAAACACAAACAAGACGAGAAAGCGAGUUAUGAAAAUAUUCGCAGCGAACGUUGGUCAGUUGAAAUUAUAAUUAAACGUGGUUCAAGCAAAUAUUCAACAUAUAGUUGCAAGGAAGAAACCUGGAGAUAUACAGGUCAUUGCGAAAUACACGCAUAUGUUGUUAAAAAGAGGACUUAACUAACGUUAGCUACAUUCCAAUUUCGCAAAAUUUGCAGCUACCAGCUAGCUAAGUUGUAGCUGGCUAGCUGGCAACUUAGCUGGCUAGCUAGUGCGACCAGCUUUCAACAAAAGGUGUUUACAAGGAGGAACAAUAGAUCCGAUGGAAAUACUCAAGCAGGAGUAAGAAGACAGAAGUGGAGAGAAUAAUAAAUGCAUGUGAAGAAGAUACACAUAUCGCUCCCUGUGAUCUCCUGUUCUUCACAAUUAUGCUUCAUGGUCAAUUAUUAUGAUCAACUCCCAUGUUGUAAUUCCUAGUGCUAUUUGUCUGUAAACAUUUAGUUUUUGUUUUCAUUUGUUGAUUGGUGAGCUUGCUGUCACAUUUGGUCACUCCGUCACCUCACCUAACCCCUUUCCCAGAGCCUUGCAGCUAUUUGCUCAGUGUAACAGAUUUGUUUGGCCCAAGUACACCUACUCUAAACCACUGCACAGAGAAGAACCAAAUAGCCUUUAACCCCCUCAUCGUAUCUGGACUGAACUGGUUCAAUCCACUGGACAAGAAGCCUUGAGCUCCAGUUGAAGAGAGGAGUAUGACUGCUGAAACACUUAACUUCGGCCCAGAAUGUUGUCUAGGGGAAGAUAAUGGGCGAUGCAUAUCCAACUUAAACUUGAGGCUCCGUGCACUAUCCAGAGGGCGGAGUGUGACGUCCCCCCCUCCCUCUCCAGCAUUGCCAAAGUCCAAGCUGGCUGAUUACCGCUAUGGUCGUGAGGAGAUGCUAGCACUUUAUAUCAAAGAUGACAAACCCCCAGAGGAUAUCACGCAGGAUAAGGAGUUUGCUGCUAUCCUGCAGGAUGAGCCUGUGCAGCCUUUGGCACUGGAGCCUCUAACUGAGGAGGAGCAGAGAAACUUCUCCAUGUCUGUGAACAGUGUGGCUGUGCUGAGGUUGAUGGGAAAGGGAGGCGGGGCCGCCCCUGCAGGUGUGGCCAAGGGUCGUGGAGGAGGCAUCAGAGGGAGAGGAAGAGGUGAAGGUGCAUUCUACCAAAGAGCUCCUGGAGGUCCUGAUGAUGGAGAGGUGGGCUUCGGUCGUGGCCGAGAAAUGCUCCGCAGCCAAAGCUGGGAUGACCGAGCUGAGAGGCCCAAGUUUGAGAAGCCAAUCAGGCGUGCUGAGGUAGUGCGUCCAGGGUUUGAGGAGGCGGGACCUCUUGGCAGGAAGGACUCCUGGCGUGCCGACAGUGGUAACUGGCGUACCCUUCGGGAGGAGGAGGAAGAGGCAGCAGGAGGAGGAGGGGGAGAGCAGCCAGCCUGGAGAGUUGCAGGAACCCGCCGUGAUGAUGGGGGUCCUCGGUCUGCAGGCUGGCGGGAUCAUGGCGGCCGGAGGAAGUUUGAGUUUGACUUCCGUGACAGCGAGGGCCCCCGCAGGGAGGACGACAGGGACGGCCUUCCUGAGUGGUGCACUGAUGAAGAGGAUGGAGAGAUGGGCACCUUUGACUCCUCGGGGGCCUUCAUGUGCAUCAAGAAAGGCUCCAAGGGCACCAUCACUGAAGAGGAUCUGGAGUUUGAAGCUCUAGAGGAAGAUGAAAACGGUCAGGAAGUCAAGGACAACAGUCAGGAAGGCAAGGACAACUAUAAGGAUAACUACACUGACGGAGAUGAGUGUGAAGCAGCAUGUGAGGGGGUGGUCAAGUACAGGACUCCAUCUCCUCCUGCUGUCUCGGCCUCUCCCUCCUCAGACCCUAUCCCUGCCCCCUGUGCCCCAGAGGCUCCCUUGGCACCCAUCUCCCACCCCUCCAAAACCAACCACGUGUCCACUCAAGGCAGCUCACCUCCAGGGAGUGGUGCUCAGCUCAGUCCAGACCCUUCCUCUUCUACCACCACUUUCUCCAGCCUGAUGCCUCCUCCUUCCUUUGGAUCUCUCCUCCCAUCAACAGGGGGAGAAGUGGAGGAGGACGAGGGCAUGAAGCACCUACAACAGGAGGCUGAAAAGAUGGUGGCAUCUCUGCAGGACACAUCCCUUGAGGAGGAGUGUUUCACUCAAGCACUGCAGGAGAGCCACAACAUUACCUCCCAAUCUCUCUCACACCCAGCCCCACACUCACACACACACACACACACCACUGGACACACACACUCCCACUCUGCCCAUAGGGACUGUGCCCUGCCCCUCUCCCACGAGGCAGCCAUGAAGUGGUUCUACAAGGACCCCCAGGCAGAGAUUCAAGGUCCCUUCUCCACUGUGGAGAUGUGUGAGUGGUUCCAGGCAGGCUACUUCUCCAUGACACUGCUGGUAAAGAGGGGUUGUGAUGAGGGCUUCCAGCCCCUGGGUGACGUCAUCAAGAUGUGGGGGCGCGUGCCCUUCUCCCCCGGCCCCUCCCCCCCACCCCUGCUGGUGAGACAGCCUCCACCACCUCGGGGGUCCUCUGGCAAUAUGGAUCAGGAGCUGCUGAAGAAACAGUUAGAACAAGCAGCCACUGCAGCUCUAUACCAGCAAUUGCAGAUAAGGUUUCAGCACAUGAACAGGAGUGGGGAAUCUAGCAUGAUGAACAGGUCCAUGUCAGUACCAGAUAAUGGGUCUAUGUGGGACAUGCGUACCUCAGCCUCCCAGCAGUCAGGAGGUGAGGCCAACCUAUGGGACUUAACCAUGAGUCAUUCCACUCAGGGGCCAUCUCUGGAGCAGCUACAGAAGCUCCAGGACCGGCGUGAGGCUGAACUCAGGGCCAAGCGAGAGGAGGAAGAGAGGAAGCGGAGGGAGGAGAAGAGGAGGCAGCAGGAGGAGCAGAAGAGGCGUGAGGAGGAGGAGCUGUACAGGCGUAAGCAGCAGUGUCGGCAGCAGCAGGAGCUGAUCCUGAAGCUGCUGCAACAGGCCCAGCCCGGGGGCCCAGGGUGUAUCUCUGGGUCAGGGUCAGGGACUGUGUGGAGUGGCCCCCAGGUCUCAGCGCUCUCCAAGCAAGGCAAGAGCCUCAGCCUACUGGAGCUGGAGACCGAGAGGCUUCUCAAACAGCAGGCCCAGCACCAGAGGGCCCAGCAGCAGAGGGACAGGCAUGGAGGCCUGUCUAUGGGUCAGUGGGGUGAGGGGUCUGUGGGCAUGUGGUCUGGUGGGGGCAUGGAGCCCAAAGGCAGCUCUGGAGGUAUGGGUGUCUGGGAGGAGGCUGUGAAGAACCAGAACAGCCUCCGCAACAUGGGCAUGAAGAACAGCCGCAGCAGCCCCUCUCUUAGCGAGCAGUACAUGUUAAGGAAGAAGCGUACAGAGGAGGAGGACAAAUUGCUGAAGCUGCUGCAGGGCAUGAAACCCCAGGACGGCUUCACCACCUGGUGUGAACAGAUGCUGCACGCGCUCAACACCUCCGCAAACAACUCCCCCUCCUCGUCCCUGGAUGUAGCCACCAUCGUGGCCUAUCUGAAGGAGGUGGAGUCUCCCUACGAAGUCCUUGACUUUAUCCGCUCCUACCUGGGCGACACUGUGGAAGCCAAAGAGUUUGCCAAGCAGUUCCUGGAGCGGCGUGCCAAACAGAAAGCCAACCACCAGAGGCAGCAACAGCAGUUAUCAAAAGAAGUUCCAGGACUGUCCGUGAACAACUUUCCUCUACAGUCCAUGUUCCAGGCAGCCCAGAUGGGGAAGGGAGGAAUGUAUGACAGCCAAGCUGCAAAGAUGAAGAAGAAACAGACCAUGAUGCUUCACUCUGACCCCAGCAUCUUAGGAUAUUCAUUCCUGGGCGCAGGGGACAGGAUGAGCCUGGGCGAGAUGGAAACAGUGGAAGAUUAUUGAUCCACAGCAUCUACCUGAAUCCACCUGAGGCCUUAUACCUGGCAUACGAGACACACACACACACACACACACACAUUCACAGACCGACACACACACACACACACAUUCACAGACCAACACACGCACAAACACUGACGAAUGUGCACUGCUGAGCUACUUUGCCCCCCCCCCUCUUGGAUGAGGACCUUGUAAAGUACUGUUUUCUCCCUCGUCUCUCAGUGAGAGGGGCCGGUAGGGGUGUGCAGAGAGGAGUACCCUUCCGCACUUCUUACAGUUAAGCACCUUAAACUAAACUAAUGCACUUUAUUACAUGGGGUUUCAAUAUUUGAAAUGAAGUUUUGCCUGUUUUUUUGUUUUUGUUGGUUUUAGGAUGCAAAAUUUGCAUAUAUUAUGUCUAUGAUAUGAAUAUACACAAGUGGAUGUGUGUGUGCAAACAUACCCAAGUAAGGAACUGGAGGUUACAUCUCUGAUAAUAAUGGUGAGGGGUUGGGGGAGUGAUGAGCAUUUGGUUUAGAAAGUAUAUUCUUUUUUGAAAAGAGACACUGUUGUUUUUUAAACAUUUUAUAUAAAAUGUAAAGCUAUAGCAAAUUUGCAUUUUAAGAAAAACUUGAAUGUUUGCACUUACAAAAUCAAACAAAAAUUGUUGUGGAUAAGUAGUGGAAGAAAAAUAUGUUUCUGAAUGCUGGUGUCUGUGUGGUAGACUCAAAGCCUGCACACUUUUUAUUGCUUACAGAGAUGCAUAAAAAGGCCAUGUUUUUACUUUGUUCCAUGAAACUUUUUUUUACUUUGUGAAGGAUGUAUGCAAUUUGUGCCCAUGUUAGAUGUAUGAGUGAUGAGUAGCCAAUGAAUGUGUGCAUGUUAUUUUUGUACAUGGGUUCUUUAAGCGAGAGUGGGAGUGGAUAGGGCUCUUUUCAUCCAAUCUUUCACCAGCUCCUCAUCCCCUAAAUGACUUCAUGAUGGUCUGCGUUUCUGUCCAGUUACCUGAAUGGCCGCUCGUGUUCUGGCAUUGGUGCUUCGCUGCCCUCAUGCUCUUCUCUCGCGACGAGUCACGGGUAUACAGGCUCUGAUUCGCUGAUUGAACUGUGAAAGCAAAUGUCUUGUUUCAAGGCAGAUUUCCGAGGUAUAUUUUACUGCAGUACAGGCCCUGUCUCAAUCUCACUCUUGUUAAAAGAACCAUAUAUAGUUAUGUUUAAUAAUUAUCUUCCUUGUGGUUAUGAAAGUUGGUAAGACCAGAGAAGUUCCUUGCAUUUUUCAAGGGGAUCUAUUGCCUUUAAUGACAUGCCAGUGUUGAGGUCUUGCUUUCCUGUUUCCAGGUUGUUUUGCAAGCUAUUGCCACUGCUUGUGUGAACCCUGGUUUUUAUAGCUAGAGUCCUCUCUUUUGUUGCUUUUUGAAUAUGUUUGUCUGUUUAAAACAGUGGAAAAGUAUUUGGACUUGAUGAUAUGGAGCACUUUUGAGGCUGCUAAGCUUUUGUAUUUUUAUAUUGUUUUGUUUUUUUGCUUCUUGUAAUUUCUUAUCUUUUUUUUGUUGUUUUUUUGUUUGUUUUUUUAAACGAAUGUAUUCCAAAAACAGAACAGUGCAGUGAGAUGAAGCCAGACUUUAAACAAAUGGUAAUGCGGAGAGUUGUGGGGAUAAAGUAUUUGAGUCCCUGAAGAUGAGAUACUGUAAAUUAAACUGAGGUGGACACCGCUGAACACACUGCCUACUGCUCUCUGAAGAACUUCUCGUAAUAAGAUGAAGACGUCUGUCCAUCACAAAGCAAUGUUGUCGUCCUCGAUAGUCUCUGGAUACAGCUUCAAAUCCUUUCAAACAUGAUGGACUCAUUACAAACCUAUAUACCGAGGAAAUGUAGCAGUAGUUUUUCAAAAGAAGAAUCUGUCUCCUUUUGAUCUUUGAAUGUCUGGGUUGCAACUUUAAUAAUGGUCUUCUUUCUCUCUAAUUGCCUACAACUUGUGAAAAUGGAGAGUUUGAAGAUGUGGCCGGAGGAAUGAUCGGUACUUCAUCUGCAAACUGAAACGGUCUUCGCUUUAACCAUUUUUUUUAUUCAUACAAGUCUGGAUUAUAUUUUUUAUUUAAAAAAAAAAAUCAAGAGAAAAAGGAGAAUGGACAAUUUGUUUUAGACUGGUGACAACUAAUAUGUGUUUGUAUCAUUUGAAUCCAUGUGUUUCUCAAGAAGAGAAUCGGAGAUUGCGUGAGGAGAUGGAUAAAAAAAUCUAUUAUGACUCCUUUCAUGCUCGUUCCUCAGGCCAGCCUCCUUGCCAUAGCUGAUCCCCCUCUGUACAACAUACUGUGCAACAUGUCUCAUGGGGUUUGGUGGGCUGGGACCAUGUGACUAUAGGUUGCCAGUUUUAAAUUAUGGACAUUUAAAGAGAUUCAACAAUUGUUCAAAGAAAUUAAAAUAUACUGGAGAGAACAUAUUUUUAUAACACAGGCCUCCAAUUGGAACCUUUUGAAACCCAAAACUACUGGACAAUGGACUGACUGGGGGGGGUGGUAAAAUUUGUUCAUCUUCCACUUGUGCUUUUGUUGGAUUUAGUCACAGAACAGAGUGUAGGGAGAUGGACAGGUUUGUGGACUAUGUGAGAUGCCCCUGUCUCCUUGUAUUUACUCUUCUACUGGACACGGAUUGCCUUUCCCUGUACAUUCUCCACAAGAAAGGACAGCAUUGAGGAUGACCUUGACACAGAUUCUUCGGUGUAUCAGAACAAUACUGCACUGACCUUCAGAGCCACAGAAGGCCAGGAGGAUACCUCAUGGACACUUCUCCUUGCUUGGUCCAUGUAGUGGCCCUUCUGCUGGAUGACCAGCUGCAAAUAGAGGUGUAUCGUGGCCUAAGACGUGUGGGCUCUCAUACCCUGAAUGACUUGGCUGUUCGGGACCACAUCUGGACAUGGGAUUGUCUCUGAGAGGAGCAGACAGUAAAGGAGAGAGACUCCCAGACACAAGCUUUGUCCUGGACUGGACUAGACAGAGGAAGACUGAACCCAGCUGAUCGAGGUCUCAACCAGGAGUUAAGACUCAUGCACACAUGCACCCACACACAGAUCUGGUUGGCAAGUUUCAACUCCUGGAUGUAAAUAGUGAAUGUUUAAUUUGACUUUACUGGUUGUUGUAAGAUUUUUUUUGACUCAUUUGGUUUUACUUGCCUUAACUGGACAGAAUAAAAUUGCCCAUGAGUGAUAUCCCCUCCCCACCACCCCUACGUAGUAAUAGGUUUGACCUGGUGGAGUGUAUGGAAUGAUGUCUGGGUUGGUUUGAGACAUCCAAAAUGAGUGGAGUAAUGGGUAUUCGUGAGAAUGCUGUAAAAAGAGAAUGCUAAAACUAUUAGAGGAAUGUUUGUAAUGCAAAAUUGGUUUAAAGAAAUUUUGGGGAAAAGUUAUGGUUAUUGCCUCUUCUUGCUACUCAAACACAGCACAGCAGAAUUUUAGAUGGGGCUGGGCAUUGUAAAUAGUUUUUACUUUGAAGAGAAGUGUAACAGAAUAAAUAAACUAAUGUGUGAAAUGCAAUAUUAAUGUGUCACAUUCUCUACAUAUUGUUUUAAAGGGAAGACCGAUCAAUAAAUGUUGACCUUGCGCAGCGAGUUGCUGUCAUAUUGCAUCUGACCACAGAAAAUGUUCUGUUCCUUUCCGGAUGAUUCCACAUGUUGAAUUGCCAGGUUUUGUCAACACCCAGCAGGAGAUCUACUGUGCAAGACGGAUGUUCUUUGUUGGUCUGUCUUUCCUAUUUUUAACACUAAAUCAUGUAUAUCAGCCUGCAGUUUUACAUGUUGCCCACAUGGGGGCAUGGUAUGUUCAGUUUUAUUGUCCUGUACUCCACACUCCUUUCUGCUUUCCCAAUCAUCAAACUACUGGAAAUGAGCUGCUGAAUUGUUACAUUGUAAAUGAAAAGCAUCUGAUACAGCAGUGGUUACCAAACUGCAGGGCGCUACCUUUUUGUGUGUGUUUCAUCAGUUCCUCUUGUCAUGCCAGUCACCUUAGAGCUAUAACUUGUCAGAAAUGUCCAGAUCAACUAGUCCAUGCCAGCAGGCAAGUUUAAAAAAUUGCCCAUAGAUAUUGCUGUAAUUUCUUUAGUCACUCGUAUCACAUCAAUACAUGUUAGACAUGGUAAAAUGUCCAAGACAAUGUGCUUUAAAACUGCAGUUUUCUUUGCACCCCAUUACAAAAUGUGUAGAAUUGCAGGAAAUAAGUUUUAAACCUGUAAAAUUCUCUCCACCAAGAGGGGUGUGAACAGUGCUUGUGCUCUUAGAAAUAGACGUAGCUCGUGUAUGCGCAGGGGGUGGCUGGAUGUUCGCCAAUACUUGAAGGGUGGCGCCAAGUGAAAAAGUUUGGGAACCCCUUGUCGUGAUGUGUGUUUUGUCCUAUAUUUGUAAUCCCAGCCCCCAUCCCCGCAGGGGGUCUUUUGCCUUUUGGUAGGCCGUCAUUGUAAAUAAAAAUUUGUUCUUAACUGA